GUGUGUUACAUAUUCCAUAAUAAUUAUUUUACGAUCGAAGUCUUUUUUUAGUCCAUUAUGACCACUUUACUCGAAAUGUCCAGCAGGCAGCAGUUAUAUCCGACUAUAGCCGUUGGAACAAAUGAUGAUGCGGACUCGGAGUCCAAAACAUGCGGAAAGAUCCUGGUAGUACUAUCCUGGAUACUAGUCAUCGCGACUAUGCCGUUUUCACUCUUCGUAUGCUUUAAGGUGGUGCAGGAAUAUGAGAGAGCCGUUAUAUUUCGUUUGGGAAGACUGCUAUCCGGUGGAGCUAAGGGACCUGGUAUUUUCUUCAUACUACCUUGCAUUGACUCAUACGCACGAGUAGAUCUUCGAACUCGCACCUAUGACGUCCCACCUCAAGAGGUACUCACUAAGGACUCUGUGACGGUAUCCGUCGAUGCGGUCGUGUACUACCGAGUUCAUAAUGCUACAAUUUCGAUCGCCAAUGUCGAAAACGCUCACCAUUCAACCCGACUGUUGGCCCAAACUACUCUCCGCAACACAAUGGGAACACGGCCGCUCCACGAGAUCCUAAGCGAGCGUGAGACUAUCUCAGGGAAUAUGCAAAUUUCUCUCGACGAGGCGACCGAGGCUUGGGGCAUUAAAGUGGAGAGGGUGGAAAUCAAAGACGUACGUCUGCCCGUGCAAUUGCAACGCGCGAUGGCAGCAGAGGCCGAGGCCGCUAGGGAGGCGCGCGCGAAGGUGAUUGCUGCUGAAGGAGAGCAGAAAGCUUCCAGGGCACUUCGAGAGGCAUCUGAAGUAAUUGGCGACAGCCCCGCGGCUCUGCAACUGCGUUAUCUGCAGACUCUCAACACAAUAUCUGCUGAGAAGAACUCUACGAUUGUGUUUCCACUACCUAUCGAUUUGCUGACGUAUUUCUUGAAAGCCAAAGAAGCAAAUUAACCUUAAAAAUAGGUAUAAUAAUAUCAAUGUGGUACCUAAACGGUCUGUGUGUUAAUGUCAAAAUAUAUUAAAUGAUAUUAUAUCGAUCGAUAUUAAAAGAUUCAUAUCAUAAGAUAUCAAACAUGUUUUAAAAUUAAAAAUAUAUA